AUGAGAUCUGCAUUUAUUAUCUUAGCACUUUUGGCUGCUUCUGCCUUCUGCACCCAAAACGUUCCCAUUCCCAACACCUAUGAUGGUUUUGUUAUUGGUGAUCCUAAUGCUCCAGUUACCGUAGAAGCUUUCUACGAUUUACUUUGCCCUGCCUCCGAAGCUGCCAAUGAAUAAAUUAAUUUACUCUUCACUAAUGCUACUUUUGCUUAAUACUUACCCAAGAUUAAAUUCAUUUACCACAUUUUCCCUCUUCCUUAUCAUGACUAUGCUUUCAGUUUUGCCUAGUUAUACAGACAUGUCUUCGAUAACCAUGAUGCUAAAACUACUUUCGAUUUCAUCAACUGGUCAUUCGAUAUCUAAGAAUAAUACUGGAACGGUCCUGUUACUAACUAUACUAGAAAUGCUGUUUUCAACAAACUUGCUCACUAAUUACACGACUUUGUCCCUAAAAUUUCUAUUAAUGAAACUCUUGCAGCUCUUACCAACAGAACUUAUGACCUCGAAGCUCGUUAUUCAUGGAAAUAUGGUGUCUCUAGAGAAGUUGCUGGUACUCCUUACUUCUUCUUGAACGGUGUUUAACUCGAUGGUGCUGAAAGUUUCAGCAGUUCCACUUGGGCUGAAACCUUGUUACCUUACAUAUAAGCUGACUCCAACGGUAAACCCAAAUCCGUCAACUAAUUCAAGGAUUUCUUCAACUCUACCUAAUAUUGA